AUGCCCAUUAUGCUGAAAGAAUUUUAUACCACUGGUGUGAUUUCAGACACCAAGAACAUUCCCAACCCUGGUGAAUUGUUGCAAGCUGAAAGAAGAAAGCAAACUGUUGACCCUAACAGAUUGCACGAGUUUCUUGAAGGUUCCAAGGAAAAAUCCGAGUCUUUUAAGAGAAUUGUGCAACAAAUUGAAAGAGAUCCAGUGUUGACUUCUUCUCCAAGAAUGUACGAUAUGUCCAAAGCUGAACAAAGAGAUGUCACUGUUGAUAAGAUCAAUCGCUUGUCUAAGUAUAUCGAAGUUGAAUCCUUUUCUGAUUUCAACCUUAGAUUGAACAUUUUGUCUGUCUUCGACCCCCAAGUCAUGACCAGAAUUGGUGUCAAUUUGGGUUUGUUCCUUUCUUGUGUCAGAGGUAGUGGUACUUUCGAACAAUUGAAGUUUUGGGCUUUAGAUCAAAAUUGUGCCUACAUUCGUAACAUUUACGGUUGUUUUGCCAUGACUGAAUUGGCCCAUGGUUCUAACGUUGCUGGUAUUGAAACCACCGCUACUUUUGAUAAGGAGAGCGACGAAUUUGUUAUUAACACUCCUCACAUUGGUGCUACAAAGUGGUGGAUUGGUGGUGCUGCUCAUUCUGCCACCCACUCCUCAGUUUACGCCCGUUUAAUUGUUGACGGUAAGGAUUACGGUGUCAAGGCCUUUGUGGUCCCAUUGAGAGAUAUUAACCACGAAUUAAACCCAGGUAUCACUGUUGGUGAUAUCGGUGCUAAGAUGGGUCGUGAUGGUAUCGAUAACGGUUGGAUUCAAUUUUCUAAUGUUAGAAUCCCCCGUUUCUUUAUGUUACAAAAAUGGUGUACGGUCUCUAGAAAUGGUACUGUUAAGAUGCCACCUUUGGAACAAUUGUCCUAUUCUGCCUUGUUAGGUGGUAGAGUUAUGAUGGUCAAUGAUUCUUACAGAAUGACUGCUAGAGUCUCUACCAUUGCUUUGAGAUAUGCCAUUGGUAGAAGACAAUUCAAGGCUAAGGAAAGCGAUGCUUUGGAAACUCAAUUGCUUGACUAUCCAUUGCAUCAACGUCGUUUGUUACCAUACUUGGCUGCAGCCUACGUUAUGGCUGCUGGUUCUUAUAGAAUUGAUCAAAUCAUUAACGAGACUACUGAAGCCUUGGAGGAUGCUGUCGACAAUGACGAUGCUAAGGAAAUUGAAAAGUGUAUCGGUCAAAUGAAGUCAUUGUUCAUUGAUUCAGGUUCAUUGAAGUCUACUUGUACCUGGUUGGCUGCUGAAGCCAUUGACCAAUGUAGACAAGCAUGUGGUGGUCACGGUUACUCUGCUUACUCUGGUUUCGGUAAGGCUUACGCUGAUUGGGCUGUUCAAUGUACAUGGGAAGGUGAUAACAACGUGUUGGGUCUUAACAUUGGUAAGCCAAUUGUCAAGCACUCUUUAGCUGUCUUGAAGGAAGAUAAGGUUGUUUAUGGUUCCACUUCCUUCUUGACUCACACUAAGCAACAUUUGAACGACAAGCCAGCCUUGACAGAUGUUAAGGAUGCUAGAGACUUGAAGAAGGUUGUGGCUGCUAUCGAGCUUGCCAUCCUUAGAUUGGCUGCUCGUACCGCCAAGAUCGUUGAAGGCAACGGCAUGGACUAUGGUGUUGUUGGUAACGAUUUGGUCAACCUUUCCAAGUUGAAGUGUCACCAUUUCCUUUUGAAGGAAUUUUCUGAAAGAUUGAAUGAAAACUCAUACAAGGAAGUCAACCCUAUUUUGGCCACUUUAGGUGCUUUACAUGGUGCUACUCAAGUGUUUGACAGAUAUGCCGGUAUCUUUUUGGCUGAAAAGGCUGUUUCCCCAGAAUUCAUUUCUGGUUUGAAUGCUACCAUUAUUCCUGAAUUGUGUGCUGAAAUCAGACCUCAUGUUGUUGGAUUAACCGAUGGGUUCCAACAAUCUGAUGCUAUGAUCAACUCUGGAUUGGGAUGUUACGAUGGUAACACUUAUGAAAACUACUUCCGUAUUGUUAAGCAAUUGAACCCACCAGAAAACUUCAAGGCUCCUUAUUCUGACAAGUUGGAAGCCAUGUUGAGAAGACAAACCUUGGAAGUUAGAGACAGAGGUGAAAAGUCUGAAGAAGCUGAAGAGAUCUUGUCUGUUAAGGUUGAUGAUGAAGAGGAUUAA